AUAAUUUGCAUGCAAGGUCGGGCUUUGGUGUAUGGGUACUCAGCUGUGUACUCUACCACAGCGGAAAAGUAUACGAGGCGAACUAACUUACGAGACCGUACAGGUGAAAUACGCCGUGUGCAACCGGAUACUCUGUGCGAGAAGUUGUGUAUCGGAAUGGCAUUGAGGUACAUGGUGUAAAGAUGCGGCGAUGAUAGUUAACUGGUAUAAAACUUAUAUUUUACGCGAUUGCUGAUACUGUCACCAUCUAGAAGUUCAUUUUAUUAUAUGCUAAGCGAAAAGGGGAUUCUGGAGUCAAGGAAUUAGUGAGAAAUUCGGUGAGAAAAGCGGAAAGAAAAUGGAGCCGGCAGGAGGAAGAAAACAGAAUGCUGUCGUGCACGUACGAGGGGACUCGGGAGCAGAGUUGGACGAUUUGUUUCGCAAUGUUUUGAACACGCCCGAGGCAGCCGAUAAAGUUCCAUCGCAAGUGCCAUGGCGAAAGAGAAACAUGCCCGCCUCUUUCUUUCAAGAACCAAGAAUAAGCCAUUCGAGGGAGUCGAGCGCAGAUUCGACGAAUUACUCUGGAAAUAUGUCGAACGCUAGCCAUGAAAUUGCCAGUCGGAGCUUGGGCCCGCAGGGGAUGACGAUCGCCCACAGCAGAGCGCACUCAUCUCCGGCUUCGCUACAGGAGAUGAGGAACAUAAACCCUCAAGAUGUGAUACGGAAUCAGCAUCUUCGUCAACAGAGCUACGAUAUAUCUGAUACUGAUAACCCAAACCUGCCGAGCGGCUGGGAGAUGGCCGUCACACCAACUGGACAAAAAUAUUUCCUGGAUACUCCUAACAGUCAUAGCAAUCAGCAAACGACAUGGGAAGACCCAAGAAAGCCUCAACCUCCUAGUGUUCCCAAUCAGCUGAGCAAACCAAACACAAAUACAAAUAAUAAUCAGGUGCAGCAGAUCAUCAUGCAAGGCAACGGUCAGCCCCUGCCGUCCAUGCAUGAUCUCGGGCCGCUGCCGAUCAACUGGGAGCAAGCCGUGACACCAGAGGGCGAGGUUUAUUUUAUCAAUCACGUCGAAAGGACGACAACAUGGCUGGACCCUAGGAUUGCCAUGAGGGCGCCAGGUACAGUCCAGGCAGCCGCGGCAGCCUUACAACAAUCGCAGAACAACUCCAACCCUCCCCCCAGCCACUCUGUAGCAACUGCCUCUUCUACAACAUCACUGUCACAACAGACACCACAGCUACCACCACCGCCACCACCACCACCAAUCAGUCCCCCACAACCGCCAAGCCAGCAGGGAGGGCCGAUGACACAACAGCAACAGCUGCAGCAGAAGCUACGCCUUCAAAGAGUGCUGAUGGAGAGAGACUGUCUUCAGAGACAACACAUGCGUAUCCUGCAGCAGGCGCAGCAGAAUCCUAAAAGUUUGUCCUCCUGCCCCAACCUCUUCCCUAGAAGCGACAGAUUUCAAAAUGAGCUAGCUCUGCGACGUGAGCUGCGGGACUCUCUGCCUAACAACAAUAACAACGACUCCAUCACCGGAGGAACUGACCCCUUCCUGAGCAGUAGUAACACCACCAACUUCCACCGGCGAGAGGAGAGCGGUGACAGUGGGUGUGGUCUCAGCAACGUCAGCCACCCCAGGACGCCAGAAGAUCUCUUGAACACCCUGGAAGACAUGGACUCGUCUGAAGCGCCCCCUACAGACCGCAAGCCGUUAGACAAGCAAGCGCCACGCCCUCUUCCGCCCCUGGCCAGUAUGGGGGACUUCUUGGAGACCCUCCCUAGCACCAACGUGGACAUGGCCUCGAUGGACACCAUGGACCCGUCUGACAGCGGCACGGCAGUCACCUCCAUGGACAGUGACGACCUCGUCCCGUCCCUCCCCGAGGCCCUCGACUCUGAUAUCCUUAGUGAUGUGGGCGACGUCGGCGAUGUCAACAAUUUUCUUACCUGGUUAUAGGGCCACUAUCCACUAUUACAGACCUUUGUCCUGCAACCGAACCGGCCUUUCUCGUUGCUGGGCCACAAGACUUGGGAGACAUCUGCAGCCAACAAGCCGUGCUAGAGAUACAUGUAUGAUACUGGAUGCAGCUCUGAAUGAUGCGGGUUUGAUUGCAGGUGGACUGGAUUAUGGAAAGGGUCAAAGGUCAUGAGUCAUGGGUCAGUCGUCUUGAUGUAGCCUUUCAAGAUCCAGUAACAGUAAAAAAUUUUAAAGGACUUGGGCUAGUGGUCGGGAACUCAUCCCAUGCAUGCGCACGAUGUUUUCCUUGAAGAAUGCAUGAUGAAACGGACAUGAUCAACCGGACCCCUUGACUGAAUGGCACAGACGUGGGAGACGACAUCAGUACUCUGUUGAUGGUUGUAAUGGCAAUGAACACAGCAACCUCCUCUUCAUGAUGUCAAAUUGAUGUGAUGACACACAGAUAUUUUGAUGGCGACCCGAGAGGGGAUCGAUUGAUAUACAUCUCCUCAGAGUGAUUCUUGUCGGGCUUUAUCCCCCCCAAAAAAAUGUUGUCUAAAUGUAUAGAAUUGUCUAAAAGUAUAACUUGGCUAUUUGCCUCACUUCAUUUUCCUUCAAACAUCCAAAUCCCCAAAUCGACACCCUAUGUAUUAUGUUGUUACAUCUAACCUACAUGUACAAGAAGAGCUACAACUGUUUAAAUCUAGUAUGGUGAAGGUCUUCAAUACUUUUCGAAACUGCGAGGAAAAGGUUUGCAAGCGAGUUAGUCACUGCAUAACAGGAGAGAUAUGAUGUUUGCACUCAUCAGGUGGCAUAGCGGUACAACGCUAGGCCUGUGAUAUAUGCUUGUGAUUCCAAGGUCAUCUCGCAAAGAAGGGUGUAGCUGCAGUUUCAUAGUAUUGGACAUCCGCAAGAUAUCAGCUGAAAUACUCCAGCAGAACGAGAUGAGAUGUGUUGAUGCAGUAUGUCAUUGUGAUGUGCACAGUGGCCUGCAUGUAAACACACCUUGCAAAUGGGGAAUGCCAGCUGGGGAUAAUUAGGGAUGGCUACUAAUGUAUUCAAAUAUAUGCAUCAUACUUAACCAAUUGUAAUAAUCCUCUAACAACAUAUAAUUGUACAUCAUUAUGUGGAUUACCAUACUAAAUUAUGCAGGGCCAUUUCUAGGCUUGAGGCAUCUUGUAGAGGAAGUUGCUUUUAUAUAAUUCACCCUAGGAAUUUUCCGUUGGUUAGACUGCACUGCCUUGGCCCUCUAUCUAUUGUACUACUGUGCGUAUUCUGGUCCGUAACUGCUCCCACAAUGCAUUGCCAUCAUCUUGAUCAUGUGAUCAGUAUAUACCAACCAACUCUGCCUGCAAUGAGGAUUAUUGCCUUUAUUGCUUUUGCAUACAAAUAGUGCCUUUGAUCAAACAGUACAUACCAGUGAUAACAAUAUAGUCUGCUCGGAGCCAAGAGGGCAUUAUCUCUUGGGUUAAUGUCUUUCUGGCUCUUAACAGUCGAUAUUUGAUCAGGUGUUUAUGGAGUUAUCCUACACUAUCCAGAAAACUUAGUGCCUUUUUUGUGUAUAAGUCCAACCAAAGAUGUUUGUAUUGUAUCAAAAUAAAAGUGUAUUCAACUUGGCAGCUUUUGCAAGACAGCUGUAGGUUAAGAAAAAUAUGUGGUCUCAUUUGAAAAUUGCUGCCUUAUGUACGGAAGACUACAGGUAUUCAAGUAUAGAUGUAUUCUCGAUUAUACAGUACAGUGCCUACUAGGUUUAUGUUUAUAUUUAAUCCACUUUUAAAGCCAACAAACAGCCUGCCUUAUUUUAUGAACAUGGCAAAAGAAUUGCUCUGAAGCAUCUAUUCAUGGUUUUGAAAGCUCUUUGUAUUCAUGUUUCUGGCUCGUUCAGAGAGAAAGCAUUUCAUAUGGGCUGUUUGUAGCAGUACUACGUGUUUGUGGUCAUCUUGUAAAUUAUACA